AUGACCUGCAGUGAUUUGCUUCAUGACUACAACUGGAACCAACAAACUGACAUUGGAUGGAUAGAAGAUGUGAAAACCAAGCCCCAUAAGAACAUCCUAUUUAUUCAAAGGCGCUCUCGCCCAGAGAUGCCCCAAGCUCCUGUGCAUAGAUGGGAGGAUACACAGUCCCCAUGGUCUAGGGUGCACAUUGACUACGCUGGGCCCUUUCAGGGCCAGUUCUUCUUGGUCCUCGUUGACAGUCAUUCAAAAUGGCUUGAGGUUGUACCUGUCUCAUCCACCACCACUGCAAAGACUAUUCAGGUACUGAGGGGGAUUUUUGCUGCACACGGGCUCCCAGAUGUCAUCGUGUCUGACAACGGCCCUCAAUUUACUUCCUCCGAAUUCCAAGCUUUCUUACAGGCUAACAUGAUUCGUCAUGCCACGUCUGCACCCUUCCACCCGUCCACCAAUGGUAUGGCUGAACGCAUGGUCCGCAUCACAAAGGACGCCUUGAAAAGACUCACCUAUGGGGACUGGCAUCACAGGUUGGCUGACUUUCUCCUUUCUUACCGCACCACACCGUCCACUUCUACAGGGAGAAGCCCAGCUGAACUUCGCUGGGGGCGC